CUCUUGUGAUUAUCCUUCUUCUAAAUCUGUAUUUUUCAGUGGAUUCCUGGAAUUAUAUACCUCUUUUUAUUCUUCAGUCCUAUUGUUCUCAUCAACACAUCAUGGAGGCUAAACUUCUCAAGAUCUAUGAAUACAAUGAGAAGCUACGAGAGCAGCUGGAGAUUCAACGUAUUCCAGUAUCCGAAGCUAGCAGAUCAUUGAUUGAAUACUGUCAGAACAACUCUGACUACAUGGUGCCCUCUGUGUUGAACACCAAGAGACCCGAUCCGUAUGCAGAAACAACAGGAGAUUGUGGCUGUGUAUUAAUGUAGUCUGAAGUCUUGGAUUCCCAAAAAAAAGAAAGAAAGAAAGAGGAAUCAAGUAAUUUUUAUUACAAUUAUCAAUUUACGGCUACUAUAGCUACCACUGUUACCACUGUUACUGCUAUUAGUGUUAUCAUUACCAUUACCAUUAUCAUUAUUACUAUUACUAUUACUAUUACUAUUAUUACUAUUCCAAUGUAUAUGCUUUUAUUAUUACUUAUUAAAUAAUUAAGUAAAUAAUUAAUUAUUUGCGCUUUUUUUUUCUUGAGCGCAAAUAAAUUUC